AAGCCGGUUAACGCUAACCCAGGGUUAAAAAUGCCUAACCCAGGGUUAAAUUUUAAACCUUGGUUGAUUCGCGUUGCACAAAGCUCGGUUAGCGUUAACCCUGGGUUAAAAUUGAUAAAAAAAUUAACCCUGCUAGCUAGGUGGUUUAAAAUUUUAAUCCUAGGUUAAGUGCGAAAUAACAUGGCGGAUGUUUUACAGUUUGUUGUACCAAUACGGAAUUUUCCUCGCAGACAAAGGCGAUAUCGUCACGAUAACGUGAACAUUCGAGGUUUAACUGAUGCGGAAUUGCGAAUUAGAUACAGAUUUGGUUACCAAGCAAUAAAUUACAUUACAAAUUUGCUGUACGAUGACCUUGUUCGUGACACUAAAAGAAAUUUUUCACUAAUUCCCGACGUCCAAGUUCUCAUCGCACUACGGUUUUUCGCAAGCGGAAGCUUCCUACAGGUUAUCGGAGACACAUUUGGCGUUGACAAGUCCACCGUAUCGCGAGUAGUUCGUGACGUAUGCCUUGCUCUAUCAAACAAACGAGAACAGUUCAUUCGUUGGCCUUCAAAUCAAGAAAAAGAGAAAAUAAAGAACGGGUUUUACGACAUGGCCAAUUUUCCUGGCGUUAUUGGUUGUAUCGAUUGUACGCAUAUUCGAAUCCAGGCACCACAUCUAAACGAGAAUUAUUACGUCAAUCGGAAACGCUAUCAUUCUAUUAAUGUUCAAGCAAUUUGCGACGAUCGAGGAAGGUUCAUAAAUCUGGUUGCCCGAUGGCCUGGAAGUGUCCAUGACAGCCAUAUAUUUCGAAUGUCACAGAUACAACAGUUUAUAGAGCAGCAUCACACAUCACUGGAAGAUGGGAUCAUAUUGGGAGAUAGUGGUUACGCCUUAAAACCCUACCUUAUGACACCUUACACAGACCCUACUACAGCAAAGGAAAGAGCAUUUAAUCGGUCUUUGAAGAAAACACGCGUAUUGAUUGAGCAAGUGUUUGGGCGAUGGAAGAGAAGGUUCCACCUACUGCAUUCAGAGAUCAGAAUGGAACCAGAGAAAGUCUGCUUGUUAAUUGGUGCUUGUGCUGUCCUUCAGAAUAUUGCAAUAAUGUUUAAUGAGCCAGAUGAAGAAGAGGAUGUUGAUCUAGAAGAACCAGAUCCAGAGGUUGAACCACAGGUUGGCCAUGACACAGGAAGGCAAAUCAGGGCACAUAUCACAAAUAACUUUUUUUAAUUGAAAUAUGUACCAUGCAUGCAUAUAUGCCACACAACAAUUUACAAUACAUUUUUCCUGAAAUUAUUUCAAUAUUGGGAAAUACAAGAUAAUUAAGCACAUUCUAUAGUAACUUAUAUUAUACACAACAGCACUAGCUGGGGCCCCAAAACAAGAGGUAUGUCUGAAAGGUCUUGCAAUAUUUAUAUAUACAUAUUUGAUUUAUUGGCUGCAGCAAACCUUUCAACAUUAAAUGAUUGAAGCUUAACCUAGAACCUAUAAUAAAACUGGUCCCACUGUAACACAAAUGCUGUAAUAAUGAAAUACAAGUAAUAUUCUCAAUAAUGUAAUUAAUUUACUGUAUACACUUAUAGUACACAAUGAUUUCAAGCAAUGUCUAUGUUACCCCCGAUAUAAAUAUUAUAAAUCCCUCAAUCAAAAAUUAUAAUCUCUCUACGGAAGAUAUUAACCUACUGCCAUUUGCCUUUUCUUUCAACUCCGCUACCUGU